CAAGGAUAUUGAGAGUUUGUGUUAGGUAUAAUCAUUCAAAAAACAAGAGAGGAUCUUGAGGAAUAUAGAGUAUGUCGGGGAUUGGGGGGUGGGGGGGAAGAUUCUUUGAGAAAGAAAUUGUGAGGGCAAAGAGGGAUGUAGUUCUGACCUGCUCUAAAUAAGGGCACAGGUACAACUGACAUGUGAUAAAGGUGUCCACAAUUAAGCAGGGUAAUUGAUUAGUUUACUCUGAAGUACUUGAUCAUAACUAAAUCAAAUCUAACUUGGAAAAAUGAACUAGUCCACACAUUCCAUUUACAUUAGAUAAUGGUUUUGUUAUGUCAUGAGAUGCCAAGAUUGGUCUGUGAGUGUCAGAGUUGAAAUUUGUUUCCUUCCGUUUGUGGUAGCUGCAAGUUGUCCGUGUUUCAUAGUUGUACAAGAAGGUGCUAAGAGCAUAGACCUCAAAACCAGCAAUUUGGCCCCAAGAGCCAACUUGUUUUCUUUCAUGAGCAUUUUGUAUGCCAAGCAAAGGUGGUAACGGCUUUUCUAAUGUGUAUAUUGGUCCCAGCAGAAAUGGGUACAUGAAUAGGAAGGGCUCAGGGGGAUAUGGGCCGAAUGCUGGCAAAUAGCCAUAGGAUUAAUUGAGGUUAUCUGGUCAGCAUGCACCAGCUGGACCAAAGGAUCUGUUUUGUGUUGCACAUGUCUAUGACUUUGAUUGUCUACUCUCUUUCCAAGAGGUGACCAAGGGUCAGGUGGAUGGGAAUGCUGUCCUGCCAAAGAUUGAGGAGCAGCCGAUUAAAAUAUUGGAAAGGGUGGUCUGUAAAUCCUGGAGCUUGAACUCAUCCCCAUGCUGACAGGACAACGACAGGAUGACCACCGUCAAUCUUUCAUUGAGAAACCCAACUUCUAGUGUUGUAUUUUAUGUAUGUCUAAUACAUGUACGGAUUCAGCUUAAAUCUACAUCUAGUAACAUAUAAUACCCGUUCCUCAAUUUUAAGGCGCAAUUACUAUAUCAUUUAACUGUAAUUUUCAGAGAAUCGCAGAAGUCUUUCGGCGCAAAGGAAGACAUUCGGCCCAUCGUUCCUGCACCGAAAAUUUACACAUUAUAAUUGGACAUUUUCGUUUUGAAUUCCAAAACCAUUUGCUUUGCUCGUGGUCGUAGCCUCGAAGAUAAAGAAGUCCACACACCACAAUGCAACCAAGGAGGUUUAUAUUUAGUUGAUAAAGAGAAGAAACCCCGAGAUUCUUUGGUUUGAAGAGGGAAAUGUAAACAGACUAAACUUUGAGCCUCUCUCUCUCUCUCUGGUGACCGUGGCAGCGUAUGAAAGACAGCUCUCAUUUCAAGUCCGUGCAUUUUUAAUACCUUGGAUUCCUAAUGAGUUUUCGAUUGCUUUUAAGAUGUAUUGAGGAAAGGGUGAGCUGAUCGGCGGAAGCAGAGGCUGCAGGAGUUUGUGGAUGUUUGCUGAGCGCUCAGCGCAGAUGAAUGGAUCCUAUUGAAUCACUUAGCUCUUGCAGCUGCCAAGCUCUGCCGGGUUGACUCUCAGCCGCUUGUGAGGACACUUUGUUGGGCGAGAAAUAGCUGACUUCUCAAUUCCGUUUGAAGAACAACAAAUUCCUUGGUACCUCGACAUUCCACAGCGAAGCUGCUGAAUGCACGUGUUGGUGUGAGUUUCCUGCCGGUGUAACCUUGGGGCUUGACUGUCAGAAACUCCCCAGUUGAUUUUACCAUCUUCUGACCAUGAGGCUGGGGCUAGCCUUCGUGCUGGUUUGUCUGAUUGUUUUCGUCCUGGAAUUCGUGGAAUGCCAGAAGGAAUCAAGGACUGUCAAAAAUGUUGCCAAAGGUAAAAAGCAAAAUAUUGGGAAGAAAGUCAAACCUGCCAUCAAAAAGACGAAAAACAAGCCAAAAGUCAAGAAGGUUUCAGUCAAGGUGCCUUCGAGGAUCCUCAUAAUGACUCAUCUGUCGGAAAAAGGCAGGUUUCAAAAACCUUCUGACACUUUGGUGGUACCUGCUGGAGAAAGGCUGGUGCUACGCUGUAAAGGGAAUCACAUUAGCUGGGCAUAUCCCAGUUAUCUGGAUGAGGAUGAUGAAGGCAGAUUCAGCAUUACCCAUCGGGAACGGUUUAGCCAACUGACAGUAGUAAACAGCACAGCGGCUGAUACUGGUGAAUUUCGUUGCUGGGCAUUGGAUUGUGACACUGAGACCUGCAGAAAGGAUGAUUCCAAAACAGGAAGUACUUAUGUAUUUUUCACUGAUCCACGUGAACUGUUUGUACCAACAAAUGAUUAUUAUGAAGCCAUACAGCUUCGCACUGACAGGCCCACAAGAUUACCUUGCCAAGUGACAAACCCUCUUGCAAAAGUAUCUCUGCACCGGGAAUUUCCACCUGAGGUGAUUCCAGUAAAUGGGAAAUUAAUCACAUUUGAUGUGAAGAAAGGGUUCAUUAUCCACAAGGCUUUGCCAUUGUUUGCUGGCACAGUGUACUGUGUGGCAAGUUAUCGAGGAUUAAUGCAGAGCUCUACAAAAUAUCUCCUCAUAUUUACCAAUUACCCAUCUGCCCCUCCAUUGGCUAAAAUCAAAGCCUCGUCAAGCUCUGUAUCUGUGGGUGAAAACUUUAAUCUGACUUGUACAGCUCUUGGAGAAAUUGACAUAGAGGUGGACUUCACCUGGGAGUUCCCUGGAGAGCAGCUGGGAAGGCCAGCCUACACCAGGGAAAGCCAAGAGUCCGUAUACGUGGAUGGGCAGUUACGUCAGUUGUCUCAAAGUGUUCUCCUGGUGGAUGAGGGACGUCCUGUUGACAAUGGGCUUUACAAGUGUGUUGCUCAGAACUUGCAGGGAAAGACCACUGUGUCCACUCAUGUAAAAGUGCUUCCGCGUACAAGUCCUGGCCAAACGUAAACACAGGAGCAAGGCCAAAUGUUUCCUCAAGUUACAGAGGAAACUCUGAAAAACAGAGAAACUAAUAGCAAUAUAGUAUUUUAAAUAAUUGCCAUCAAUGCUAACUCUACAGUUGUCAUCUGUCCUUUCUGAUUUAGAAAAUGUUAUUUAAAAUUUGUUUUAUAUUUCAUUAUGCACAUAAAUUGGCUGCUGUGCUUCUUACCUUACCCCUGUGUCUAUAAUUCAAAUUGUGAAACAUUUGAGAUGCCCUGGCAUCAUGAAAAGUUCUAGUGUAAAUGGAAGCCUCCCUUUUAAGCUUCUUAUCGAAACAGUAACACCCUUGAAAUACAUUUCUCAAUUUAUCUAAUCAAAUACGAGCAUGAAUCCAACUUAGAACUAUAUCCUCAGCAUUGUACUUUAAACAAGAUGCAGAGAGGUAACGUCAUAUGUUGUGGGCAUGGGGCAAAAGUGGGAACAGCAAUGAUCAUGUUGAAUGUCAGAGCAGGCUCAAAGGGCCAAAUGACCUAUUCCUGUUCCUAAUUUCUAUGUUUCAAUGUCACAUCAUCAUGUUUGCAUAGAGGAUAUAGUUUGUGUGCUGUAUAAAAUGAGUGGCAACAGAGGGAGCCAAGAGAUUAAGUUCUGUAUACAUGGCAAAGUUUGCUUUGUGAAUUGAGCAUUGUGAGUUUAUGGUUGAGCUGUGCCAACAGCAGAGGGAGCUGGUUAUUUUGAGUUUGAUUUGGAGAUGCCAGUGUUGGACUGGGGUGUACAAAGUUAAAAAUUACACAA